AUGGUUAAGCUGUAUCUUCAACAACGAUCGACAAUUCCUUAUCAAUUAGAUAGUGACGAAAUCAGUUGGAGGCGAAAUUUGCCACGACUCGCUACAAGAGAAGUGCGUGCGGAAGCCCCAGCGGAUAGCCUUGGGUGGCUGCUCAACAUCCUACCGGAUUCAUCGAGGUUCAAAAAGACUUCAGAUGAACAAACCAGAAAGGAAUCCAUCCGGGAACCAGACCCCCUGGGCAAUCGGGCAGAUGAACAGCCAUGUCUGCUUGGCUUGGAAAUCCGUCACAGGCGUGUGCCAUAUUUUUCUCUAAAGUCUCGACGAGCUGCGAGUCUCCGUGCCGUUGAGAAACUUGCUUGGGUUGAGAAAGCCCGACCGGGUGAAGAACUUCGCACUAUGGAGACCUCUCCUAUGCAUCUCAAACCAAAAUUCGAGUACCUACUCUCCAUGAACAUUUGGGUACACGCCAUUAGAGCCAAUGGCGGCACCAAUGCCUGUUCAUGCCAUCAAAAUAAUGGGUGCAACCCCAAACACACGGCGCGGAGUGCUCAACAUCAUUGUACCCCUUAUCUGAAAUACACAUCCACAGAAUUUGGACACAAAAGUCACGUCUUCCAAAUGGCCGAGACCCAGUACCCUCCCCUGGAUGCUCCUCCAAUAAACUCAUCCGAACCAUGGCAGGGCUAUUCGGUGCAGAAAGACGGCACCGAGAAAAGCGUCUCUAGCGAUGAUGCAGAGCUCAAAUACGAGUAUCCCAAAGGGCUUACCCUCACACUUAUCCUCACAUCGGUUACCCUAGCUUAUUUUCUAUUUUUCCUUGAUCUUGCCGUCAUCUCCACAGCCACUCCAGCCAUUACGUCCGGGUUUGACUCGCUGGUGGAUGUUGGUUGGUAUGGCGGCGCUUACUCUAGUCUCCGGCGUGCUGAAGAAGUUCUCUGCAAACUGACCGAAGCCGAUAACUCCAAAGUUUCCGUUGUUGGCUACUUUCUUCCAUUUCUUCUUGCGGGAGGUGCGAUAUCAGCUAUUGGCUAUGGCCUCUUAUCGACACUCGCUCCUACAACCCCACCUGCAAAAUGGAUUGGAUACCAGAUUCUGUACGGUGUUGCAAGCGGAUGCACGACAGCUGCUCCGUACUUCGCCAUCCAAAACCUUGUGCCUGCAGAGCAAAUCCCCCAAGCCAUGGCCAUUAUAAUUUUCUGGCAGAAUAUCGGGGACUCCACUUCUCUGAUCGCCGCAAAUGCCAUUUUCAGCAACACCCUUCGUCAGCAGCUCCAACAACGCGUUGUACAAGUCGGCCGUGCUCCAGAUGUCAUCAUUGCGGCCGGGGUCCGCUCCAUCCGCGACCUGGUGUCUGGAUCCCAGCUAACUGCUGUGCUCGCAGCAUACGCCAAAAGCAUCGACAGCGUCAUGUACCUUGGCAUUGCUGUUAGCAUUGCCGUUAUUCCUUUUGCUCCAGGACUUGGAUGGAAGGAUAUUCGCAAAGUCAAAGAUCUCCAGGCCAUUACCAGCGAGUCGCCUAACGGCGGCGAGAAAGAAGCGACAGGGCCUAACAAGUAG